UAUCCAAAAAGAUCCAAAUGCACCAGAACUAAGCCAUCCUUUGAAUCAGUACGGAUUUAUCGCGUCCGAAAAAUCAUCGAUAGACUUUGAGUUGAAAAAUUGUCAUGAUGCCUUUAUAUAUUUAUCAGCUUCUUCAGUAAUGAAUUCAACAGCUGAUGUGUAUGAAAUUGUCAUGGGAGGAGGAUCUGGUACAAAGGUGUUUUUACGCCGCGAAGAUGGUGUUACUGUGGCUCAGAGCUUACUUGGAACUAGUAACACAGACUGUGAUCAGUUUGUACCAUUUUGGAUUUCAUGGGGAAAUGGAAAUGUAAAGAUUGGUAAAGGGUUGAUUGUAAACCAAGAUAUAGUCAUUGAUUGGAUCGACUCUGAUCCAUUCAUAAUAGCUGGUAUGGGUGUAAGGACAGGCUAUGGAUCAUCUGGUCAGUGGGUUUUUCAUGUAGAAGCAUCUGGUGAAUUUUGUGUGACUGAAGGUACACGUGGAACAAUGAACAUACUGACGACUGAUACAGUACGGGCGUUAGAUUGCCCUGUGAUGUGUCUUCGUAUCCAGAAUUGCAUGGGAUUCAACUUUAACAAACUCAUUGAAACCUGCGAAUUAAUAUCGGGUGGAGAAGCGAUGACAACAGUCUCCGAUUCAGACUGGACUUUUGGAACGAAAUGUUUUCAAAAUAAAUGUUUAGCUUGUUUUUAAGAAGA